CUUGUUUACGUGCCGCCGUCCGUCGAAGACGAGGCGGACGAGACGGCGGCGGCGGAUUCCUCUUCUCCGCAGGCAGUCACGGGCGGGCGUCUCUCUGCGUGCCACUAACCAAGCUCGUGUUUGGUUUAUGAGCACACUCUACAGAUGGGCGGGAAAUGUUGUUUGGUUCGGGCGUUAAGGAGCACUUAAAGAAAACUAAAGGGACGGGAAGGCUCAAGUGUGUCAUUUGAUAUUUUGUAGAAUAAAGAAGGAGCCUUAGCUGGCCAGAAUGACAGCAGAAGCAUGGAGAUCUUUGGAGGAAGCUGCAUGGGGCCCAAUGCCAAGCUUAGGGCCAGAAUGGAUGGGAAAGUCAAGUGCCAGUGACUCUGGGUACUUAUUAAUGUUGACAGAUGGUUGUGGUGUCUGGGGCGAGAGGAGAACCGCAGCCCAUGUUCUGGAAAAGGCAGAAGAGUGGGCACCUUGCAUAGAAGCAGGCAUCAAAGAAUUGUCAGGUUUGGUGCUGGACGAGGUCAGGAAGUUGAAUGUGAAAGUGCAGUGGAGAGAAGACCGAAAAACUAUCACCCUGAACCUCUCAUCAAGACUCAAUGACCUCGCAUUUAAAUGGAUCUUCACAUUAAACAGAUUGUCUGAUGACCUGUUUCGUGAACAUUGGAUAGUACCACUAGUUAUACAAAUGCAUCAUAUGGGUAUAAUUAUUAAACAGCUGAAUACAGACCUUAAAAAGAAGACUGAACAAUUGAAGGACCUUACACCUGAUACUAAAAAUAACAAAAUGAUUAGUAAAACUAAGAAGAAGGAUGUGAUAGAUGCCUCAGUAGAAGCAUUGAUGGUGGAAGGCAAUUGGACAGUACUGCAGGACCAUCUUGUCAACUUUCCACAUAUAAUGAAACACUUAUCAAGCAAAAGAAAAAGAGAGUUAGAAGAAAGUGAGGAUCCGCCAGGAGCUGCGAGCAUUGCUGCUGCUGCCAAUAAAGGCCAAGUUAAUAACAAGAAAUGUAAGGAGGAGGAGGAAGAACUUCAGAGGCAGGAAAGGGAGAGAGAGAAAGAAAGGAGAGCCCAGAUACAAGAACUUCAGCAGGGACCACCAUUAACACAAACACCAAACAAGAAAAAGAAGAAGAAACUGAAUAUUUGAUUAACUUUUGUAAAGUGUCUAUGUGAUAUAAUUGUGAUAAAUGAAUAAUGCAGAUUUGCAUGUGGUCACAUGAUUUUUGGUAUAUUAUGUGCUAUGAGUAGUAGAGGCUUAUGUAUCAGCCUGUAAAUUAGCAUCAUAGUGAUGAAAAGGGCACUGGGACAUUACUUCACUCUAAUUUUUAUUUGUAGUCAAAUUUUAUGAUCAUCAAAAUGUAGCAGUUACAAGCAGAUGCUUAUAUAAAGUGAAUUUUAGACAUUUACCAAGUGAUGAAAGUACAAAUGACUUUAUAUGGUUGAAUGCAUGUGAUAUUGUCUGACAUUCUUUGGAAGCUUUUCUGAUGAUUUUUAGAUGUGAAUUUUAUGUACAGAAAUAUAACUCAUGAUCACUUGUAAUGUAAGGGAGGCAUCCAUCAUCCCAUCCAGCAUUUGUGAGUCUUUCUCUCUCAUCCUUGUGUUCAGGGAAAGGGUGAAGGGGCACUUCCUUAAAUUAUCAGCUACUCUGAAAAUUAUUUUAUUAAAGUUUUGUUGUAUUAAUAUUUAUGUUACUCCUUUUCUUAAACUCAAUUUUAAUAAAGGUUUUGUAAGACCCUAAUGACCAGCUUAAGGUGUGUUAUACUAAUAUAACAGAAGUUUCUGUUUUGAAAUAAAAAUAUGGCUAUGCAAAAUAUUCAUGCAUUGAAAGAAAGUUUGGCAUAACAACAGAACAUUGUUUUUGUUAUUUUAGAUAUAGCAGGUUUGUAAGGUGCAUCUACAGUUCCUUUGAACAUUAACAUUGAAACCUUGUAUGUAAGUCAUUCAUAUUGCAACUUAUUAUACUGUACUUCAUCACUUUAUUGUAUUAUGCUGUGAAUUCAGUAUAUUCAUUGGACUAGUCUUAUACUCUUUUAUGAUUGCCAGUUUGUUUUGAUUACAUAUUUGAAAGGAAUAUAUUUAAUGAACUACUUCCAGAUAUAUAUUUCAAAUAAAGAAGAGCAAAGAA